CCUAUUGUGCGUCAUAUGUCAAAGUCAAAUGCGUUUAAAACAAACACAGAAGAGUAGGUGUUUGUAUUGUGUUAAUUAUUAUAAAUUAUUGUCCAGUUUAUAAAAAAUGUGAAUGUCCUGUUGCCAAAAUGACCAGACACGGGCGUUUUCAAGAUUACUGUUUGGUCCAUGAUAAUGAUGCAGAUGAGAUUGAUCUACUGCCAGAUUUCCGCAAACCAAGAUGCCGUUACAAGAGAUGCAUCUGUAUAACAAUUACGCUAUGUGUUGUCUUGGCCCUCAUUGCGUUUAUGCUGGUGUUCAUCGUAUUUCCUUUCGUUUUUAUGAACUCGAUUCCACUGCAAACAAGCCUUAUAUUUACACGCUUUAACUUACCCAGAAAUCCCGAAUACUUUGAAAAUCAGCAUUUCCCAGCCUACAGGAACAGAUAUGUCAGUUUUAAUUAUACAAAGGAUGAAGGCAGUAAGCUUCUUGGAGUCUGGCACAUUCUUCCCGUAAAUCUAGCAUAUGAAGAUCUAUAUGACAAUGCGACUGACAUUAACUAUGAUGAAAUCUUACUCAACAGUAAUUACAGUGUUCUGCUUUAUUUCCACGGAACUGGGGAAGUGAGAUCGUACAGCGAAAGAAAAUAUGAGUUGCUGAGUUAUAACUUCCAAAUUAUAGCUUUUGAUUAUAGGGGAUAUGGUGACUCUUCAGAUGGAGAACUUACUGAAGAUACAGUUGUGGAAGAUUGUGUUGAACUAUACAAAUGGGUCAGAAAUCGAACAAAAUCUGAUAUUUAUGUUUGGGGCCAUUCUCUGGGGGCUGCCCUAGCUACUAGGACAGUGGCUGAGAUGGAAAAUUACUACAAUGUGCAUACCAAGGCAUUAGUUUUGGAGUCAGGAUUUACCAGCAUGAGGGAUGAGCUGUAUGUUCAUCCAUAUGGAAAGUUAUUUGCCUGGUUGCCGUGGUUCGAUACAGUCGUAGUGGAACCAUUAAUGCACAACGGAUUUGUAUUUAACACUACUAAGCAUCUGAAGACAAUAACUUGCCCUGUGAUGAUUUUGCACGCGCAAGACGAUAAUGAAAUACCGUACUAUUUUGGAAGGAGGCUGGCUGACAUAGCAGAAAGCAGAAACAUUACUACAGUUUAUCAUGAAUUUGAUGCGAUGUUUGGUUACAAGCAUUAUUAUCUGUAUCAAGAUCCAUUUAUGAAGUUUUAUAUCAUGAAUCUUAUCGAACAAGUAAACAGUAAGAGGAUUAUCGAAGGUAACAAUACGACAAUGGUACCGUCUGUGGGUACAACCGUAUGAACAAAAAGACGUAAAGAAAAUGACAAAUAGCUCCUAUCAAAGAAGUAAAAAGGCUGUGAUCAUAUAAACACCACACAUAAUCUUUAACAAUAGUUAUUGUGAUGUGUAGAUAAGUUUAUUUUCUUUUACUGUGCAAAUAAUAUUUUAGGAAGAAAGUGUUCUUUGAAUAUCCAUACAAAAAUAUAUUUUAGAGACUAA